CACAGCCACGGAGAGUGAGCUUCCGUUAGAAACGGGACCGGAUGAUGCGGUGAUGAACGAGGCAUUCAACAAGCUGUAUCAAAUUGCAUGUAGUAUUGACCCGUUGGAAUCGGAACUUGGCUUCGCUACUUUGAAGAUUUGCGGAAAAGAGUUACCUCAUCGUUUAACUCCCUAUGUUCCCUCGUGGUCCGCUUCCGAUGUUUGUUUCUGGCUCGACCGGGUUGGAUUCAAAGAAUUGUCUGAAUUAUUUAUCCAGAUGAACAUAGAUGGCGACGUCCUGUUGAGCCUUGACGAUUUCCAUUUGCAACACGGCCUGAACAUCUCCAAUUCAAUUACCCGAUUGAAGUUUUUGCAGUCACUCGCUAGACUAAAAUUACAGGCCGACUACUCCUCGAUCGAUCACACCAACUUGGCUGAAUGGCUACUUUGGGCCGCCACACUGAUCCCGAAAUCCAAGCGAAAGAAGGAUACAUGGUCAACAAAAGUCUCAUCGGGUGAUCAACUGGAAUUGACAUUCAGUUCUGGAAAGUCACAUGCUCUCAGAAUCGAACCCAGUCGAAAUCUCCGACAGUACACCCAUAACCUAAUCGCAGCGGGUGUGGAUCGCAUGCAUCUCGCCCAACUAACAAACGAUACGCUGUUAAAUGAUUGUCAUAUAGCCAAUGGUCUCCAUCGUGCACAAAUUCUGGUCGGCGUACAAAUUUACCCGUAUUUCGGUGCUUUAAACUUGUCUUGCGCUUUCCAAGUCCUUCAGUCAGGUGGAGUGGAUUCGGAAAACGCGCCAACGCCAGACUGCUCAGAUCGCAGGGAAAUCUCCAACCGAGAGCUGGAUGUCUUCAUAUCCUAUCGUCGUUCGACCGGUGAUCGGCUCGCAAGUCUUGUCCGUGCACAUUUACUGGCUCGUAACUACACGGUGUUCCUUGAUGUUCUUAGUAUGCCUGCAGGAAAGUUCACCGAGUCUAUUCGGGCUGCUAUUUAUAACUCGAACAACUAUAUUCUUGUGCUUACAAACGGCUGUUUAGAUCGGUGUCGGAAUGACCACAAGUGUGAAGACUGGAUUCAUCGUGAAAUUGUUUGGGCGAUGGAAUACAACUGUAACAUUAUUCCAGUAUUUGACGGCAAUUUCGAGUGGCCGAACCCAGAAGAAUUACCCGAAGAUAUGCGACAGAUCCAAACUUAUCAUGGAAUAACAUGGAGACAUGACUACCAAGAUGCGUGGGUGAGCGAACUGGAAAGACUGAUGAAAGUACAACGCGGUUUCCGUCAGCGAUCCGACAACACCGAACCACGCAGUAGUUAGUUGACCGGACAGCUGGCUAUCAACUAAUGAGCACACAGAUGAUUGUUUAUGAACCUGUAACAAGUAGAACGGACCUCCGAAGUUCCAACUAAUUUAUGCCCAUGCUCCAACAACUGUCCAAGUUUUUCAUUCUGUGCUUCUUUAUCGUCACCGUUAUAUGUUCUCCCGAAGGAGGGUGCAAUAUUUCGACCAACGAUCUCUUCUAUGGUACCUUUUUCUGAUUUUGUUCUUUUGACUUGAUAUUCAUCACUCAUGUACCAAAC